AAAAUUCUCGCCCAAUCUCCCUCUGUCAAGUGCAUAAAACUGAAGCUUCUACUUCUAUAUAUAUGGAGUUCUAAGUCUCUAACCUUUAAGCAUUUCACUUAGGCAAACUGUUAAGGAGAAAAGGCAUACCAAAGCUUCAAUUCCGUAGCAUUUGAGUGUUUUCAGCUGAAGAAAUGACUAUGGAGGAGAUUUUGAAGAUAAAGAUUUUCGUGAUCAUAGUUGGCAUGUACUGUAACGGCUGCAGAGAUAAAGUAAUGAAGAUACUGAAAAAAAUUGAUGGUGUGUACACUGUUACAAUGGAAGAAGGAUCAAACAGUGUUACCAUAGGUGGGGAUGUGGAUCCUGCAGUGGUGAUUGCAAAAUUAGGAAAGCGUGGCAAGAAAGCCCAACUAGCAGCUGCAGCAGGUUCUCUUGCCAGUUACAAAGAUGAUGCCAGUGGUGUUAGCAGUACGGUGGGGAAGCAAAAGCAAAUGGUACAGCAACUCCAACCGCAGCCUCCACCGCAACUACCCAAAGCUGGAGAUCUGCCACCGCUUCAGAAAUCUCCACAGCAGGUGAUGAAGGCUCCCCAAUCCACUUCUACUAUACCUUUCCCCUGUCCUUCCGUGCCCACACUUCGAAAAAGUUCUAAGCCUGCCACAGAUCAUGGUGCUGCGGGCAGCAGCGGCGGCGUUAGCAGUGAGAUAGAGAAGCAAAUGAAAAAGGUACGGCAGCUGCUACUACCGCAGCCACUGCCACCCAAAGGUGAAGAUCUCCCAUUGCUUCAGAAAUUUCCAGAGUGGGUGAUGAAGGCACCCCAAUGCACUUCUUCUGGUGUAGGUCCUCCCAACCCAAACCCAGCCCAAGAGUCUCUCAAACUCGACUUGCCUGGGGAUUGUGGAAGGACCAAACCCAUCCCCUGUCCAUCCGUGCCCCCACUUCGAAAACGUUUUGUGCCCGCCACUGAUUGUGGCGCUGCGGGUCAGACUCUGAUUGGGAAUGGAUCACAGCAUGCUAGCGGUAUCACCAUUGGAGCUUCGGGCGGUGGCGGUUCGGUUCCAGUAGCAAGUACAGCUCAGGGGCGAAUUCCGAUGGGCAAAAGGGCUCAAAUGAGAAAUAUCCCUAUGGCCUGCGUUCCUCCUCCCCCACCAGCCCUACCACCAUCUAGUGACGGUUGUGCAAAGCGUCUGGGAGAUUCUGCAGGGAACCCUCACCUGCCUAAAGCAGGAGAUAUGGGUCCUAAAGGGGAAGAAGGCAAAGGCAGUGGACACUUCCAAGGAGUGUAUGGCAUUGGGUGGCAUAACCAAGAAGUGGCCACACCUCCCCAUGUUUAUGAUGUGCCUCCUCUGGAAGCUUCGUCUUUCUCCAACAGCCAUCCUCUCUACCAUAAACCAGAUCCUUACUAUUCAUAUUUCAGUGAUGAGAAUGCUACUAAUUGUUGUGUUAUGUGAACGAUCUCAUCAUGAAGUUUGUAUUUGCUGGUUUGGUAAACAUGUUUUGUGUGUGUGAGUGUGUGUUUCUGCUUUUAUCUUAUAUGUUGGAUCAUUUAGCCUGAAUAAUG